CCCGAUGGUGCGCUCGGGGUAAGGACAGCCCUUGCCUCCCACCUCCAGUCCCAUCCUGCCACCGCUCUGUCCCAGGGCAGCAAGGGGCUGCAGUGGGCCGCGGGGGACUGAUUGGGACCCGGGUGGGCGUCCCGGGGAUGGCCCUGCAGCCCCGGGCCUGGGGGAGGCUCCUCCAGGGGUACCAGCAGGAACGGGAUGCUGCCAGUGGGGUGCAGGGGGGCAGCGGCACCUGGGUGCCACCGGAACCACAAGGGCGCAUGGAGCGGGGCUCUCCUGCUGAGACGUGGCGGGUGCCGCGGCCCCCCAGGCAGCACAGCCAGAGCGGCAGCCGAGGCCCUACCCUGCCGGAGUGCUCCGAGGCCGCCUGCGGCCCCCACACCAUCCUGGAGAGCAAGGUGAAGGCGCUGAAGGAGAAGCGAGGGGGCAGCCGGCCGGGGACCCCCACGGCCACCCCUGAACGCCCCUCACCCAAAAAACACCGGCCCCGGCGGGGGAAGGCGGGGGUGGAUGUGGCAGCGGUGGAGCCACGUGCUCAGCUCCGCACCUACCUGACGGACGGGCUGUUGGAUGGUGGGGAGUCUGUGGCCAGCGGCCCCCCAACCCCGGCACCCCUCGCCAGCACCCCAGGGCUCUGGCGGGUGCCGACACCCAGGAGAGAUGUGCCAGGAGGAACCAAGCUCCCCCCAGAUGAGGGCAGCUGGUCCUGGGGCUCUGCCUCCCCCCACGAGAGACCUCCCCUGGAAGAAGAGGCACGAAUCCCACCACGGGACCAGAGGGGUCCCUCUGCAUCCCCCACCGUGGCAGAGGCCUGGGAGAGGCUCUCGCUGGCUGAGCAGGUGGAGAGGAACCGGCAGCUACUGCAGGAGGUGCUGGGCCUCACUGCGCCCGAGGUGCCAGUGAGCGACGGGGACUGGGACUCGGGGGUCUCGCUGCAGGACACCGAGAGCUGCAGGGCCUUUGUCCCCAGGCAGGAGCUGGAGCUGAGCCCUCGGCACGAGCAGGCCAAGCAGCUGCUUCAGCGCGCCCGCAUGAAGGCUCGCACGAACCCCCUGCGCGCCAGCCACGACAUCCUCCUCCUCCUCCCCGCUGCCACCAGCCCGCAGCCCAGGGAGCCCAGCGGGAGGCCAAGCGUCACCCCACGGGACGGCGGGAGCCUGAGCGACUCAUCAAGUGGGGAGUCGAGCUGCGGGCGGCUGCGCCGGCCCCGGGGACCCUCCCCGUCCCGCGUCCGCUUUGAGGAUGAGUCGGCCCGCGACGUCGAGGUGCGGUACCUGGAGCGGCUGCAGCUGCGGCACCGGCGGGCCCUGGCCUCGGCACUCUCCUCACUGGAGCCAGCCAGCAGUGGCCAGCCCGGGGACGGGGCCAGCCAGCCCAAACCUCGGAGUGGCGACCUGGUGGCCAGGGGCAAGUGCAGUGCCUGCGGCUCCUUCCUUGGUGCUGCUGCUGGCCAGGGCACGGACACACCAGCGGCCACCAGCAUGGCUGAAAGCAGCCCCACGGCACAAGGAAGCGUCCCAGGGGAUAGUGGGGGGCUGAGCACUGCCCGGCCAGAGCCCAAAACCAGGGCUCUGGGCCCCCGGGGGUCCCCGCUGUGGAUCCUCCCCUCCCGACAGCGCAUCCACACCGAGAAGAUCAAGGAGACAUACAUUGGGGAUGUCACCUACAUCGAUGACGUGGACUCAGCCCUGGAGAGCACUGACACCUCUGACAGCUGCCGAACAGACAGUGAGGAGGCAGGACCCUGCAACCCUCACUUGCAGGGGCACCGGGACCCUCGGCUGAGGGGUCACAGGGUUCCCCGUGCCACCCCGCAGCCAGAGGCAAGGGCCGGGAAGGAGAUGUGUGUGGCUGGCGGUGGCCCCCGUGGAGGGGAUGGGGGCUCAGGUGGCACCACAAGCCGGACAGGGGCUGUUUGCCUCCCACCACUGGGGAGAGCUGGCAGCCAGGAGGAGGAGGAGGACACUCUCUGGCAUGUGGGGGGCAGCGAGGGGGUGGGAAACACCGCUCGUCCUCUGCAGCAGCCCAGUGAGCCCCCGGAUCCCUCCUUGCAGCCAGGAGCUGGCACUCCAACUCCAGGCACCCACUUCCCCGCUCCCCCCCCAACCAAAAAGGCCUGCUCCCAGGUGCCUUGCAGGAAAGCACUCUUCUCCGGUGGCAGCCGCCGGGCAUCGAAUCAAGCAGCCCGGGCCCCGGAGCCUGAGGGUGGGAGCACUGCAUCCCCCCAGCCCAGGGGCACAGCAGGGUCGGGGGGGCAGCGGCGUCCCUGCAGCCCCAGGUGGCUCCCCGGGAGCCCCCUCCGUGCCUUGUCCACCAACAAUUGCAACAACACCCACGGGCAGGACCCUCUGGGUACGGGCAGAGAGGCACCGUCUCACCCCACCGUCACCCCUGCACCCCAGGAGGCUGCUCGUCCCCCCAGGGAAGCUACCAGGACACCCGGAGCGCAGCAUCACCCGCCCGGGAGCGCAGCACAGGGGGAGCUGGGGCAGCCUGUGAGCCGCAAGGGCAGCAGCGCUUCAGCCUCGGGGCUGAAGAAGCUCCUGUGCAGCCUGAGCCAGAGCACGAAGCAGCGCCUGGGCCGCUUCCGCUGCUACAGUAUGGAGCAGCUGCCAGCCCCUGGCGGCACCCCCCCGGACAGCCCCGGCAUGAAGAAGUCACCCUCCCUGCAGUCCCUGCACCUGGUGUCACCCUUCUGCCAGCCCCGAAAAGCCACUUCCAUCCAGAGCCUGGACCCGCUCCUGGGUAAAGCACCCCGUGCCAGCACCUACCUCCUGCCCCAGACUGUGGCUGACAGGAAGGGGGGCUCGGGGCCGCGGCGCUCGCUUAGCGUGGAGGACAUUGGGGCGCCUGGCCGGCUGCGUGCAGUGGGGCGCGUGGUGGAGGUAUUCCCUGACGGCACCAGCCAGCUGGAGCUGCAGCGACCCCCCCAUGGCGCCUUUGGGUUUUAUGUCACCUCCGGGCAUGGUCGGCCUGACACAGGUGUCUACGUGCAGGAGAUGGCGGACGCCGGCACGGCCAAGCUGUACGCGGGGCUCCUGGGCGUUGGGGAUGAGAUCCUGCAGGUCAACGGGGUGGCUGUCUCAGGGCUGGGGCUGCCCCGCAUCCACGAGCUGCUGCGCCGGGCGGACACCCUGACCCUCCGCGUGCUCCGGCACCGCCCAGCACCCCGGUAGCCCUGGUACGGCUCCCAGGGAGGACAAUGUCCCACCGAUGUCCCGGGAUGCUGCAAGACGGUGCCAGAACCUGCCCCGCUCCAGUGCAAUGCUUGGCCCCCCGUGAGGCAGAGCGGGACCAAGGACCCCCGUGUCCAGCAUCUCCAGGAGCUGCUCCAAGUGUGGGGCCAGGGGACAGCCCAGCCCUGCUGUUGAGCUGGGGUGUGUGUGGGGGUCUGUCCUGCUGGGCACCAGGGUGGGGACACUGUCUCCUUGCACCCCCGAGAGAUGCAGGGUUCCCUGCCACCACUGGAAGCCUGCACCCGCAGGCUGGCAGGUUCCUUUUAAAUUAUUUCAAAC